UAUUCAACAGCAUUGUUGUUUGGUGAAAUUCUUUGAAAAGUUGCUGGAAUUAUAAAGAAAAUUUAAUUGUUUGCUAGUUAUUAAACAAACUAAAGCGAAAUGUCGGAAACCAGCUCCAAGGAUACGGUUUUAAAAACAGCUAUGACCUAUAUUUGUGGUGAAUGCCAUCAUGAAAAUGAAAUGCGUCCCCGUGAUCCCAUACGUUGUCGUGAAUGUGGCUAUCGUAUUAUGUACAAGAAACGUACAAAGAGAUUGGUUGUCUUUGAUGCCCGCUAAUUGAGUCUCUAUUUGACCAUGGAAUUUUAAACUUAAGUUUAUAUUUAGUUAAGAAUUUGAUAAAUAAAUGUAAUAAAAUACAAAUUGAUUAAAUUGAAA